AUGGAAGCACGCGACCAAAUCGGCCAAGGAAUACCGAUCGUCUGUCCCCGUCAUCCGGAUCAGGUUCAAGUCAUCACGAAAGCAGGAGAACUCGGUCGACUAGCCCCCGGCGGUGGGUGCCUCAUCCCAUGCGGAUUCCGACUGACGUGUGGCCAUCUUUGUCCGUCUGCAUGUCAUGUUGCAGUCGACAAUCAUUCGAAAACAGGUGUAUGGAGCGCUGCACACGCACACCUUGCCCUCGCCGUCACCCAUGCACGAAACGCUGUUCGGACGAUUGCGGCAACUGCCAGUUCCCCAUAUAUGGCGUCAAGCUACCUUGUGGUCACAUCAAAGACCGUGUCCCAUGCUACAUGAUGGAGACACUCGCCUCGGUAAAGUGCGAGGAACCUGUGCGGAAACAACUGUUGCGAUGUGAACAUUCGGCCACCAUCCAGUGCUUCAAGGAUCCCGGAACCGUAUCGUGUUCCAAACCAUGCGGCGGGGCGCUCUCUUGCUGUUCGAAAACUUGCAAGUCUGCGUGCUCUGAUUGCCAAAAACUUGCUCUCGGAGCCUCGGCUGUCAACCCCGCUGCCAAGAUAGUACGAACUCAGCAUAAGCCCCACCCAUGCGAUCGUCCGCUCUACUGUCAGCAUCCUUGUGGACUGGACUGCUCGCAAGAUCAUCACUGCAAUUCGAAGUGUAAGCAGGCAUGUCGACAAGAAUGCAUUCAUCAUAAGUGUCCGAAAUCGUGCUCCGAGCCUUGCGCACCCUGCAUGGAGCCAUGUCCAUGGUCUUGUGCACAUCAGUCCUGCCCAGUUGCGUGCGGAUCGAUUUGCUCCCGUCUCCCAUGCGACGAACCUUGUAGGAACCAGCUGUCGUGCGGACAUCCGUGCCCUUCAGUCUGCGGGGAGCCAUGUGCCAAGCAAACAUGCAUAAGGCGACUAGAUCAGGUCGACCUGUCUUCGAGCGAUACGAGCGAGCGCUUGAUCACCCUGGCUUGUGGCCAUAUCUUCACUGUGGAGACUCUGGACGGACACUGCGACAUGCAUUCGUACUACGAAAUUGACCCCAUGGGCCGGUUCAUCUCGACGAAAGCACCACCCGUCAACUAUCAAUCGCCUCCUACGUGUCCCACUUGCCGUGGAUCGAUCACCGCGCUGCGCUACGGCAGAGUUUCGAAACGUGCCACUCUCGACAUCCUCGAGCAGAACGUCGCAAGCAAGAUGUCCAUUCACUCGACAAUCUCUCGCCUGUGAUGGAGCGCAUCGCCUCUGACUUGGAUCUAUGCAAGAGUCGGCGAAGGCCCUCCGGAAAGCAGACGAGAUGCCAGAUCCGGAGGUAUUGCAUGCAAGAGAUGCUCAAGGCAAAUCGACCGAGCCGCUCGAUCCUGGGCUACUCAACAAAGCUCUAUGCAGUCAAUUCACGGAUUCGACGAAGAGGAGGCCAAGGCAUGGUAUGAGACCAUCAAGGAUAUCGUGGUCUUGUAUCGGCGCACCGUCAAUGUG